AGCGUUUCCUAGGUCGCCUAAUUUUUGACCUUGCCUUCUUAGGAGCGGUUUAAGGACGUUUUAUGUCGCUGUUCUUGCUUUGGUCGGGAUGGAGGCUUCUGAUGAAGCAUUAGAAGUCGUCUUUAACGCUUUGGAUACGGAUAACAAGGGAUACAUCACAACAGAUCAGUUCCGAUCAACAUUUCGUGAUUUCUAUUCUUCGUCAGGCACAGGACGAAAGAUUUCAACUUCGCCCUCAGACCUUGAAAGGAUUGUGGAAACAUUAGAUCCCGAAAACGAUGGGAUUAUUCAUUUUGACGACUUCAAAAAGGCCUUUCACGAUAACUUGGAUUUUAAGGAAAACGAAGACUCUGCUGACGCUUCAUUAACUUCGAAAACCUUUGCGUUUUCACCUAACACGGCUACGAAUCAUUCAACUUGCUUUUCUGAUGGAUUGGAAAACAAGACGGACGAUAGUGGCCUUCCAACUCAAGAACACAGCAUUUUGGAUUGCGACAAUGACUCAGCUCUCAGUGUCGACGUACUUCAUCCGGCGCACUUACAACGAAGCGAAAUCCGUCGAAGUUGGCCAAAACACCGGGGAAAUGCGUACGAUGACACAAAUCGGCUCAAUUCACCAGUGAGUGCUUCCAGAUCCGAUCUGAUGGAUGAUGUGGAGUCGAAUUUGGAGAAUAUACACGAACGUAUGCGUCGCAUGGAACAACAAGUGCAAGAUAUCCACAAAAGUCAAACCAGUGAGUCCGGUUCCCGAAUCGAUCGAUUGCGGGAGGAAAAUGCUCAUUUGUCUGCUCAAGUGACCAUCUUAGAAGAACGCCUACGAGAAGCAGAGGCACGCGCGCAACGUGUCGUCGAGGCCGAGCGAAACCUCCUACAAUCAACCAUAUCCAGAACCAAUCGAGAGCACGCUGCAGAAGUGGAGAAUUACAGGGCCCGCAUUAGUGCUUUAGAAGCUGAGUGCAGUGACCUCCGGAUCGAAUCCGCUCGUUGCAAAGUGGCCACCCAGGCAUCGGUCAUGGAUCGACGUAUGAAUUCUGAAGCACUGGUCGAGGCUCUGGAACAAAUUCAGACACUGCAGCAACAGCUGAAGGUCACAGAGAACGCUCAUGUCCAAGAAAUGGAAGUCCUUCGUCGAGAUCGUGAUCAUGCCGUUCAUGUCCUUGAAGAACUCAACAGCUCUAUGGGUGGUAGAAGACGCAGUAGAAUCAACUCCAACACAUCUUUACCAGGUUCCACCAGCUCCGAGGUGAUCGCACGAUACCAUGAAUCUCAAGAGAUUGUCCGACGCCUCAUCAUUGAGAAUAAAGCACUGCGGCAACAGUUGGAAGAUGCACAAGAUCAGCUGUUCGCCAGGUCCUUGGAGGAGGGUCGUAGUUUGGUCGGACCGAGUGAAAAGAGCUGGGCUGCAGAGAUUGACAACCUUACCAAGGAAGAAGUCGUGAACCUUUGGACUAAGGAAAAGCACUACAACGAGCAACUUCGUACCUACAUUGACAGCCUAAUUACUCGAAUCAUUGAACGGCAUCCGUCUCUGUUGGAAAUCGCUGGCCCUGCUACGACUCAGUAAGCCAUGUUACCCUCCAUCACUGUCCAAACUGUGCCACGGUUCUGCGGCGGCCUAAUUUUCAUCCGCACUUACACUCGCUCAAACUCCCGUUGACUUACCAUCCCCCGAUUGGGAAUCCGUUGGUUUUGGCCGGCUCGAGAACCCAGAAUGGCAGGUUGGACACGCACGGGACAAAGUACACAGCUGUGAUACAAGCCCUUUUAACUGUUUGGUUAUUUGUUAAAUCCGUGCGGCUUACAUCUACUCUGAUGCCUCUAUGUAUUGCCUUCCGUCUUCAUGCUCCUACCAUAUUUGCGCGUUGAACAAGGCCCCGUGCAUGUAUUUGCGUAUGUUGACAAGUGUACAGAUUUUUAUUAUUCCUAUUUUUCGGCGAAAACGCUUCGUGGCACUCAGAUCUUUUCUCUAACUUCAGCCGUGAUAUUUGCUAAUUUUUUCGUUUGAGUUUUCGCUUUGAUGAUACUUUAAGAUAACCUACUAUUUUUC